AUGGCUGUGGGAUCUACUUCACUCCAGGAUCGCCUGGAGAGGUGGGCCCAGCGCCUGAAUAACUUGACUGUCUCGCCAUUGACUAGAGACUAUCCCGACACACAGCAACCUGACAUUAAGCGGGCUAUCGAGGCUUUCGAAUCUAUCAAGCUCCCGAAGGAGACUCAAUUGGCUCUGAAGAAGCUUUCUGGGCCCUCAUCUUCGGGAUUUACCAUCUUUUUGACGGCAUUUGUUGUUCUGGUUGCUCGCCUGACCGGUGACGAAGACAUCGCGGUGGGGACAAGCGUGGGAGAUGACGGUCGUCCUUUCGUCGUCCGGGUCCCCAUUAAUACUUCGGAGACAUUCUCCGAGCUCUAUACCAAGGUGGACAAGGCAUUCAACACGGGUGCCUCCGAUAUUGUCCCUCUGGGCAGCCUCCGCUCUUACAUCCAAGAAAAGUCCAACUCUGAACGUUCACCGAUCCUCUUCCGAUUCGCUGCCUACGAUGCUCCUGCUUCCUCGCAAGAAUACCCUGCCAACACCUUCGACAGCACAGACCUGGUGAUCAACGUCGCUCCUGGCAAUAACUCGCCGGAAGUCGAGCUGGGUGCCUACUAUAACCAGCGUAUCUUCUCUAGUGCCCGCAUCUCAACCAUUUUGAACCAGUUGGCCCAGAUUACUGGAAAUGCUGCGGCAAACCCGGAGGAGGCCGUCGGCCGCAUUGAUAUGAUGACCGAGAGCCAGCGCGCACUUCUGCCGGACCCCACCAGUGACCUGAACUGGUCCAACUUCCGAGGUGCCAUCCAUGACAUCUUCGCCGAGAAUGCCGCGAAGCACCCCGAGAAGCUUUGUGUGGUUGAAACCAAGUCUAGCAGCUCGCCUCACCGUGAGUUUACCUACAAGCAGAUCAACGAGGCCUCAAAUAUCCUCGGACACCACUUGGUGCAGUCUGGAAUUCAAAGAGGAGAGGUUGUUAUGGUUUAUGCCUACCGUGGUGUGGAUUUGGUUGUGGCUGUUAUGGGUAUUUUGAAGGCCGGUGCUACCUUCUCCGUCAUUGACCCCGCAUACCCCCCGGAGCGUCAAAACAUCUACCUUGAUGUUGCCCGUCCUCGUGCUCUUGUUAACAUUGCCAAGGCCACGCGGGAUGCCGGUGAGCUCUCGGAUAUUGUCCGAACUUUCAUCAGCGAAAACUUAGAGCUACGCACUGAAAUUCCCGCGCUUGCCCUUGAGGAUGAUGGCAUCCUUGUUGGUGGUUCCCUCAAUGGCCAGGAUGUGUUCGCCAAGGAGGUUGAGCUCAGGUCUAAGCCCGUUGGUGUUGUUGUUGGCCCGGACUCUACCCCUACCCUCUCCUUUACUUCCGGUUCCGAGGGCCGACCUAAGGGUGUUCGUGGCCGUCACUUCUCGCUUGCCUAUUACUUCCCUUGGAUGUCAGAAACCUUUAAACUUACCCCUAACGAGAAAUUCACUAUGCUGAGUGGUAUCGCCCACGAUCCUAUCCAGCGAGACAUCUUCACCCCGCUGUUCCUGGGUGCCCAGCUGUUAGUUCCAGCCAAGGAGGAUAUUCAGAACGAGAAACUUGCCGAGUGGAUGCAGAACUACGGCGCCACCGUUACUCACCUUACCCCAGCUAUGGGUCAGAUCCUUGUCGGCGGUGCUUCUGCUCAAUUUACUUCCCUGCAUCACGCUUUCUUCGUGGGCGACGUUCUGAUCAAGCGUGACUGCCGCUCUCUUCAGGGCCUGGCACCCAACGUGAACAUUGUCAACAUGUACGGUACCACUGAGACCCAGCGUGCCGUCAGUUACUACGAAAUCCCUAGCUACUCCAGUCAGGAAGGUUUCCUGGACACUAUGAAGGAUGUCAUUCCCGCUGGUCGUGGUAUGUUGGACGUCCAGAUGCUUGUUGUCAACCGCUUCGAUCCCACGCGUAUCUGUGCGAUUGGCGAGGUUGGUGAGAUAUACGUCCGUGCUGGAGGUCUCGCUGAAGGCUAUUUAGGGUCAGCAGACCUGAAUGCCAAGAAGUUCCUGACUAACUGGUUCGUCAAGCCCGAGGUCUGGACUGAGAAGGAUAAGACUGCAUCUAAAGGUGAGGCUUGGCGUGAGUUCUAUGUCGGCCCCAGAGAUCGUCUGUACCGCAGUGGCGACCUUGGCCGCUACACUCCAUCUGGAGAUGUGGAGUGCUCUGGCCGUGCCGACGACCAGGUCAAGAUCCGUGGUUUCCGUAUUGAGCUGGGUGAGAUUGACACUCACCUUUCUCGCCACCCUCUGGUCCGUGAGAAUGUCACCCUUGUUCGUCGUGACAAGUUCGAGGAGCCGACCCUUGUAAGCUACUUUGUGCCCGAUAUGAGCAAGUGGUCUGAAUGGCUGAAGAGCAAGGGGCUGGAGGAGGAUGACUCUGCCGAUGGUAUGGUGGGCAUGCUCCGUCGCUUCCGUCCGUUGCGUGAUGAUGCCCGUGAGCACCUCCGCAGCAAGCUCCCCACCUACGCUGUGCCGACUGUCAUCAUCCCACUUAAGCGUAUGCCCCUGAACCCCAAUGGAAAGAUUGAUAAGCCUGCGUUGCCCUUCCCGGAUACUGCUGAACUUAGCGCGGCCGCUCCUCGUCGUCGCUCAUCUGCCAUACAGGCCCUUUCCGAGACCGAGCAAGCUCUUUCUCAGAUCUGGGCUAAGCUCAUUCCCAAUGUUACCGCCCGUAUGAUCGGUCAGGAUGACUCGUUCUUCGACCUCGGUGGCCACAGUAUCCUGGCCCAGCAGAUGUUCUUUGACCUGCGCCGCAAGUGGCGUGGCAUUGACAUUAGUAUGAACGCUAUUUUCCGCAGCCCUACUCUCAAGGGCUUUGCUGGAGAGAUUGACCGUCUGCUCGAUAUUGAGUCCUUUGCCACCAGCGAGGACCCUGACAAGACCGGAGCUGCUCAGGCUAGCAAUCAGCCUGAUGAUGAGUACUCCAAGGACGCGCAUCGCUUGGUCAGCGAGUUGCCCGAGACCUUCCCUACUCGUACAGACGCGAUGCUCGACACUGAGCCCACUAUCUUCCUUACUGGAGCUACUGGUUUCCUGGGAGCCCAUAUUCUGCGUGAUCUGCUCACCCGCAAAGCUCCCUCGACAAAGGUUGUGGCUCUUGUUCGUGCUAAGAGCGAGGAGCAGGCCCUUGAGCGUAUCCGUUCUACCUGCCGUGCCUACGGCUUCUGGGACGAUGCCUGGACCAGCAAGCUUCAGGCCCUGUGUGGUGACCUUGGCAAGCCGCAAUUCGGUCUCUCGCAGGCCGUCUGGGAUGAACUCACUGAGAGCGUUGAUGCCGUUAUCCACAACGGUGCUCUUGUUCACUGGGUCUACCCCUACAGCACCCUGAAGCCCGCCAACGUCAUGGGUACAAUCGAUGCUCUGAAGCUAUGCGGUAGUGGCAAGGCUAAGCAAUUUGCCUUUGUCAGCUCCACUAGUGCUCUCGACAAGGACCACUACGUCCAGGAGUCCGAGCGUAGUCUCGCGGCCGGUGGAAACGGUAUCAGCGAGGAGGAUGACAUGGAGGGCAGCGCGGUAGGCCUUGGUACUGGUUACGGUCAGAGCAAGUGGGCUGGUGAGUACCUCGUGAAGGAGGCCGGCCGCAGAGGCUUGCGUGGAACUAUCAUCCGAUCUGGAUAUGUCCUGGGUGAUUCUACCACGGGAACCACCAACACGGAUGACUUCCUCAUCCGUAUGUUGAAGGGAUGUAUUCAGUUGUCUGCUCGUCCUAACAUCAACAACACCGUCAACAUGGUCCCUGUUGAUCAUGUGGCUCGCAUUGUCAUUGCCUGUGCCUUCCACCCGCCUCGCACCCCUGUCGGUGUUGCCCAUGUCACCGGCCAUCCGCGUCUGCGCUUCAACCAGUUCCUUGGUGCUCUGCAAACUUACGGAUACGAUGUUCCUCAGGUUGAUUACGUCCCCUGGUCCCAGUCCCUGGAAAACUAUGUCAACGAUGGCGAACAUAGCGACAAGGAUUCUCAACACGCACUCAUGCCCCUUUAUCACUUUGUGACUGCGGAUCUUCCUUCGAACACCAAGGCCCCCGAGCUGGAUGAUACCAACGCCUCUGCCGCGCUGAAGGCCGAUGCCUCCUGGUCUGGUAUUGAUGCCUCUGCCGGCGCAGGUGUCACGGAAGAAUUGGUCGGUCUGUACUCAUCCUACCUCAUGCAGAUUGGAUUCCUUCCUGCGCCAACUCUUGCUGGAGCCAAGCCUCUGCCUGUGGCCCGUAUUACUGAGGAGCAGAAGCAAGCUGUGAUGAAUGUAGGUGGUCGUGGUGGAGCUGCUUAG